ACGGGCGUCUUUCUCCACACAACCAGGCGGAAUCUCGUCUUUUGGGCUGUUCUUCCAGAUUCCCCGCCAGAUGGCUCCACCGUCGCUGCCGUAAAAUAACAAAAGCGGCGCGAAAAGCUCCUCCGACUUCUGGCGUCUUGCAUUUGAAAUUUGAAUCCCCUGCUUUUCCGAUUUUCCACGCCACGGACUGGCCUUAAUGGGCGAUUUGUUGCAGAGCACCGUGGAAAAUGUCGCCCUGUCGCUGAUCAGGGAGUUUCUAUCCACCAAGGGCUUCCAUUCUGUUCUCCUUAACAUGGACGUGGAGAUUCCGAGAGGUCCAAACUCAAUCAGCAGCAGACAUCUGUUGUCCUCAUUAUUGGGUCUCCAGCGACCGGCUAAGGGAGAGGGAAGCAUUCUGGAAACGCUGGUCACAAAAACCCUAGGGAAAAAAGCCAGCACGCUUUUUGCAAAUAAAAUAAACGCAUCAAACACUUACAGGGAAGAGAAGGAAAUUCUGGAACUAACAGAUGUCAAUGAAAAAAUAUCACUCUCAGCGUCUUCACUAUUAGUUUUAAAUGAAAUUGAAGAAGUCGAUGAUGAUACUGAGUCAAUGCCAAUUAGUGAACCAAGUAGUAGAUCAGAAAAAUUAGGAGCAAGCAGUUGUGAAAGCGCAAGUGGAAAUCAGGUUGAUAAAAUUGAAGUCAAGCAAUCAAAUAUUGACGACAGCAGCUUAAGUUUAACUGAUGACAAUUUAAAAGAAAUUGAGACUGACCUUGUAGUGACCAAUUUAGCAGACAAUUUUGAUAUUGAGCAGACUCCAGAAACAGAAGGAAUCAAUGAAACAGUCGACAGCUUGGAAGAAAGUUGUGAUAAGAUGAAUUGUGAGAUGGAGUCGACAACAGUUGAGAAAACAAAAGUGUCAAAUGCACCUUUGCCAAAGGAAGAGAAAAUAAUAUUCUCCCAGAAACGGCUAUUGAAAGUGACAACACUGCCAGAACCAAAGUUAAAAAACGAAUCUGUCAAUACUCCAAGCGACACAAUGGAAACUACGGUUGAAAAAGAAAUGCCGGAACUGGAAAAAGAAACCGAUACAGCACCUCCGCCAGAAGAAACUUGCUCUCGCCCUUUGACCCUUCCAUCGGCCAUGGAGCUUAAAAGCGUCCUUCUUGGAACACCUGAAGGCCAAUUUUUUAAGGAAUGGAAAGAGAGACAAUUAUUUAUACCCGGCGCCGACGGUCUCCAAAAUUUCGAGAAUGGAAUUAAUGGAAUUCUGGCAGUGGUUCAGGGUUUUAUUUCAAAAGAGGUAACUUUCUGCAGGGUUGAUAAAAAAGAGGAAGCCUUUAUUCGGGCCGUGUCGGAAAUCCUAUGGCAGUGCGGCCAGAAGAGCAGAGCCUGUUUAGCAAUUUGCGGGGAAGAAGAACGUCUCGUCGGUUGCGGUCGCUACAGGAGAGACGGGAUUACGGAGGCAAUGAUUUUGCUGCAUUUCAACUCGAUGGAGGACACCGCGGCAGGAGUCGAACGGCACGUGGGACAGCUGAAGGCUCCAGGUGGCCUGCUUUUGUUAGUCGCCUCCCUCGUCUUAUCAAAGGGACUCGACGAGUUCAGGGGUCGGCCUCCAUUGUUGAGCCGCGCAAAUGUUUCCCUGGUCAAUCUGGCCCUGACAGGAAGACUCGACAUGAGGGAGGCGAAACAAAGGGCGGAGAUCGGGCUUUUGUCCCUGGCGGAACACUACGGCCACAUUAGGGUGCCUUCGUGCUUGAAAACGCCGCGCUGGCCCAUUUGGGUGGUGGAAUUGGGACCAGAUAAGUACUCGGUCAUUUUGUCCGUCAACCCGAAACUGGUGGCCGACUGGAGGGCCGAACUGGCAUUCCGCCUGCAGAUCCUCGACGGCGACGGAAUAAAAAAUGCCGCGAUAACGACCGGAGGCGAGUUGCACGAAGAGGAAGAGAAAACUGCCUCUUAUUUGGAGAUGACGAUCAGGACCAAGUGGAGUGGCGCUCAAAUCCAAUGGAUUCCGAAAUAAUGUAGCAAAAAUACUGCCAGCAAGUGAUUAUUUAAUGUAGAAUUUAGAUUUUACACAAUUCCUAUUCAUUCUAGUCAAUUGAAAUUUACACCUUUGUCAAAC